GGAAGGAACAUAAAGAAGGGCAGGCAAAGCUAAUUAUAGAAAAAGAAAACAAAUCUUUGACAAUUCACAAGAAACUCAGUCAUUUGCAGCAGCGGUAUCACAGAGCUUUUUGCUUGAAUAUGCAGACGCUUUUUCAUCAGCCAAUUCACGCGCCAAGCCAUUUUUUUCUUUUCAAAAUGCUCUUCUUCACAGCAUUAUUUCGUCUCAGGACUUCAAAAAUUCGUUCAUGCACUUAUUUUACCUCAUUUAUAACCCUCAAAAGCUUCAACUGCACCAUCGAAGAGAAGCUUUGCUUCGUCAGAUUUACCCGCCUUGCAAUUUUAACCUAUGCGGACCUAUUUUUUCCAAAAAUCAUGUGCGGCGAGCCUGCGCCGGAGCCAUCUAGAACAUUUCACAAGGUCUGCUGUGCAGGGAAGAUUCGGCAAAGUGAAAAUGCUGAAAUAUUUGUCCUCAGAUUACGUCACCUAAUAGCCUUUUAUUUGCGGCAAUUGACGUAGUUUUGCAUUCCGAUCGGCUCAUGUUCGACUCGCGGCGGGGUUGCGGAAACAGAGAAUAACGAACGAAGCGAGCGCUAUCAUUUUACAAUUGUAAGAAGAGGUACCCUGCGGGGUUCCAUGUCGAAAAUUAAGAAAAAAGGAAUUGGUGGGUUGUUCUCGUUUUGAAGGAUCUACAGCGGGUAAUUGGAUUUCUUUCUUUGUAGUUUGUCGCUCCCGGAGUGAGUGAUUGCCAGAUUUUAGGAUGGGAGACGAGGAAAUAUCCCCUUGGCUUAAGUCUUUACCUGUAGCUCCAGAAUAUCAUCCCACAGAAGCUGAAUUUGCUGACCCAAUAGGUUACAUUUUGAAGAUCGAAAAAGAGGCAACUCAGUAUGGCAUAUGCAAGAUUAUACCUCCUUUCCCUAAGGCUUCAAGGAAGCUGGUCAUUUCGAACCUUAAUAGAUCUCUAACAGAGUCCCAAGAUACUGCUCUAGCUGGUGUUCACGGCUCUUCUAUUUCUUCCUUAACUGUUUCACGAAACAUGAACACAACGGUAUCAACUUGCUCGGCUCCUCAGCAGGGUAGUGAUUAUAAAAGCGAGACUUUUGAAGUUGCCUCUGUGGGUGAUGGGGAUUGUAAGGCCAGAUUCACCACUCGUCAUCAACAAAUAGGGUGGAGUCCUAGAAAGUUACGAGGCCCUAUGCAGUCUGUUGUGCAGAAACCAGUAUGGGAAAGUGGGGAGAGUUAUACACUUGAGCAGUUUGAGGCCAAGGCAAGGGCUUUUCACCGGUCGCGGCUUGGUACAGGCAAGGAAAUUUCUCCACUGGCAAUUGAGACAAUGUUUUGGAAGGCAGCUUCGGACAGACCCAUCUCAGUUGAGUAUGCUAAUGACAUACCUGGUACAGCUUUCGGGGAACCUAGUGAAUCUUUCAGUUGUCAAUCCACUUCUCAAUCAAGGAAGCGAAAAAUGGAGCCACAGUCUCAGGUUGUUUUUGAGAACCAGGAGAAAGUUGAAACUGAUUACAGCAUGCAAGAAUUAGGUCUCAAGGACAAUAGCAAUGUGAAUUCUGAAAAAGCGUUUGCCUUAAGUAAAGACACUACAGAGGAUAACCAUGUUUUGAGCACCAAAUCAGCUGAGGAUACUGAUAUUACAGAAUCACCCAUAACCGGCAAGCUGACAACAGAUGAAAUGUCUGACCAUAUGGAAGAUGGAGUGAAGAAAAGAAAUAAGACUUUGGACGGUAAUGCUGACAGAGAAAUAGGAGGUGCUGGAUGGAAACUUUCAAACAGUGCUUGGAACAUGAGGAUUGUUGCUCGUUCUCCUGGAUCUCUAAUCCGUCACAUGCCUGAUGAGGUUCCAGGGGUGACUACGCCAAUGGUUUAUAUUGGUAUGUUGUUUAGUUGGUUUGCAUGGCAUGUGGAAGAUCAUGAACUUCACAGUUUAAACUACUUACAGACGGGCUCUCCGAAGACCUGGUAUGCUGUUCCGGGGGAUGCAGCUGCAUCAUUAGAGGAUGUUAUACGGGUACAUGGCUAUGGGGAACACCUUAGUCCUCUAGCUGCAUUUGCAAUAUUAGGUGAGAAGACAACUCUCAUGUCUCCAGAAAUACUGAUCCAAACAGGGGUUCCUUGUUGCAGGUUAGUGCAGAAUCCAGGAGAGUUUGUUGUUACUUUUCCGAGGGCAUAUCACCUAGGAUUUAGCCAUGGUUUUAACUGUGGAGAAGCUGCUAAUAUUGCGACCCCAGCUUGGCUUAAGGUGGCAAAAGAAGCUGCAGUUCGUAGGGCUGCAAUGAACUAUCUCCCUAUGAUGUCUCAUCAGCAGUUGCUAUAUAUACAUUCCUUGUCCUUCCCUUCCUGGAUACCUGCAAGCUUAGCAGCUGAGCCACGGAGUUCCAGAUUAAAAGACAAGAAGAAAAGUGAAGGAGAAAUGGCAGUAAAGAUUUUUUUUGUAAAUGAUAUGAUUCAUAAUAAUCACCUGCUUAAUGUUCUUCUUGAAAAGGAAUCCACUUGCUAUGCAGUUCUGUGGGAUUCUGCUGAUGUUCCUAGUGGUUCACCAUCUUCAUGUGUUUCCUCUAUGAGUUAUCCAAAUUGGAGGUCAACAUUUGGAACCAGCAAUCUGGAAACAUUGCAGUCCGACUCAGCUAUAGCUAGAGGCAGCUUGGUAUGCAAAGAAGAACAACUGUGUGCAGAGGGCAUCCUGGAGAUGAAUAAGAAGUUAUCUGAUUCAAUGAGUGUGAAAACUUCAACUGACAGAUGCCAGCAGGAGAAUCCACAUAAUUGCUCUGAUGAUAGGCACAUGGGGAUUCGCAGUGAAGAAAUUUCUAUAGGAUGUCAAUCUCUGGUAAUUGAUUCACCGUCUGGUGAUUCAAUGCACCUUGAUACAGGCACACUGGCAUGUGCUGCUUGUGGAUUAUUGGGUUUUCCAUGUAUGGCUAUAAUCCAACCUUCUGAAGCAGCAGCAAGGAAGCUUUUUCCUUCUGGUUAUAAAGAAGUUGAUAAACACUUUGGGGCAUCUGAAGUAGGUAAUGUGGGAAAAGAUGUUUCAGCUGCGGAAGCUGAAGUUAUUGCUACACAGAGAACAUGUGUUGUGGAUAACUGUGCUGUGGACUUUCUUCUCGAAACGCCCAUUGCUUUGGUAUCUAAUGGUGUCAAUCAUCAAGAUCAAGUUGGUGAAGGUUUAUGUGUCCAACCAUCAGAAGUCAAUACUGUUGGAGACUGUACUGCAUCGUUAGUACACACUAAUAUUCUUGAACCAUCAAUCAAAGAUCGCAAGAUACACUUCAGCAAAAGAAAAAUUGAACAUACUGAAUUUGAAUCUGCUAUAACACCAACAGUAGAAGUUACUGAAAGGGAUGAUGUUUUGGCAGAACACAGAAAAUCCACUUCUAAUCUUAAUAGUCUUUUGAGUCUGGCCAGGCUUAUAGAAACUUCUGCUGUAGAUGUUUAUGAUGAAAAAUCACCAGAUAACAGCAAAGCAAUUUUGCAACAUACUGCUGAAACUUUUGCUGCUUUAUCUUCUUCUAGGAAUGUGAUUAUUGAUAAGGGGGAGUCUCAUUGCCAGGAUCGACCAAGUCCAUUUUGUUCAGCAAAGAUGUUUUCUGGUAAUAACACAGCUUCUAGCAUUUCAUUGAGCAGAGAACUAAUUGUUGGGGAUGCAACCUUUAGCACGAAACUGCCUCAAGAAUAUACUGAAGAAUCAUCAGGAAUAAAUAAUCAAAAUAGAGAUCUUGAUGCUUCAAACAAAACCAUAAGCAAAUCUGUAUCAAAUAUGUUAUCUGUCAGUUCUCCCAUUACUGUGCCAUCAGCACUCGAUCUUCUUGCAGCCACUUAUAAUGAUGCAUCAGAUUCUGAUGAAAUGGAUGAUACUAUUGAAGUUAGUGGGUCUUACCCAUUUUGUGGACAAUCAGAAAUUGCAUCUGACAAUAAUGACAUUGCUGGGGCUGCAAACACCCUACUAUCUUCAUUUGGAUCAACUAGGGAAGCUAUUAGGGAGCAGGCUCAUGAUGACUUCAUUUUGAGUGGUCCUUUGCCUUCAGACAAAGUAUCAUUAGUAUCCAAAGAUCACAAUUGUUCUACUAAAGAUAGUUUGAAGCAGGAUAAUAGUUUCAGGAAAGUGCAUCUUGAUUCAUUGGACCAUUCUGCAACAAGGAGGCCACAUAUUUCUCAACAUGGAACUGACAUUUGUGGGGAUCUUCAUGUUAAUGAUUCGGAAUUAUCUUCAAUACAAUCUAAUGACUUACAAGAGCAGUCAAUUGUAACUCUCACACUCUUUAAGAAUUCAGUCAAGGAGACUUCUGUGUAUGAAGCACAACAGAGAGAUCAGUCUGUAAGUAAAAAAGAUAAAAUUGAAGGUGUUUGUGCACAGGCUUCUAAAUGUGCUGAAGGGCUUUUAAAUAUGACACUUUCCUCUGUGCCAGAAGCCGAAAACAUUACAGUACCUACUGUGGGCACAAACGUUUCUAUAUCAGAUGCUGAUAUAGUAUCUGAAUGCAUUAUCAAGUCCAAAGGGCUUAAUUCUGGUUUUGAAGCAACAUGUGGUAAUUUCUGUACAAGCUAUUCUCAAGAAGAAUCUUUUAGUGAAGGCUGUGCAGAAGGUGGCAAUGUAGGAGGUUGUGUGACAGGAUAUGCAUUACAAGAAAAUAUUCCUGACAUGGCAGCGUUAAAUGGAAAAACUGCAUCAUUAUGGAAACCGUGCAAUGGUGUCAUGAGACCACAUGUUUUUUGCUUGGAGCAUGCUCUUCAGGUGGAGGAGGAAUUGCAUUCUAUGGGAGGUGUACAUUUGCUUCUCCUGUGCCAUGCAAAUUAUUCUAAAAUAGAAGAGCAAGCAAAAUUGCUCGCCAAAGAAAUUGGUGUUGAUAAUGAAUGGAAGAGCAUUCCUCUUAGAAAUGCUGUUGAAGAUGAUCUACAAAUGAUAGCUGUAGCUAUUGAGGAGGAAAUUGAUGCAGAACUAGGCAGGGACUGGACUGCACAGCUUGGUGUGAAUUUGCGCUACAGUGUGAAACUUAGCAAAUCGCCACUUUACAGUAAGCAAAUGUCAUAUGGUAGAGUAUUGGAUGCAUUGUUUUGCAACAGCGGCUUUGAUGUUCCUGAUUCUCCAAGCCGUAAGUGGCAAUCCGGGAAGUCACAUUCUCACCACCCACCAAGAGGCACAGAAGAUUGUAAACAAAAAGUAAGUAAACAUAAGAAGUUAACAGUCGCAGGAAGAUGGUGUGGAAAAGUUUGGAUGGUUAAGCAAGUUCAUCCAUAUUUAGGGAGGUGUAAUGUUCAAGAGGAACCUGCUUUUGUAAGCAACCAGAUAGGAUGCACCAAAUUUGAUAGAUCUUGUAGACAUUCGAGAAAACAAACCAGUCUAAUUUUGGACAAUAAAAACAUGUUUGAAGAAGGCAUGAAAGAAACUUCCAAUGAAAAUAUAUGCAUUCCAUACACCAGUAAUUUGAAAAAUCAACCUAUAAAUGAAAGUUUAUGCGGGAAAAGAAAAGCAGACAUGGAAGAACCAAUUUGUGAUAGUAAGAGAGAUGUUCGACUUUUCAAGAACAGAAUAUUAGAUUACUCAGAUCCUGUAAAGAGUGGUAACCUUUCACUCGAACAAGUAAAGAGUGGUAAUAUUUUGUCUGAACAAGCUGAUUCAUGUAAACAGUAUGAACAGUUAUUAUCCACAGUAGCUGGAUCUAUAUUGUCACAAGAAGGUUCCUGUCAGAACACAUGUGCAGGAAAAUCAAGACACAAAAGAAAGAAACAAACAGGGUGGAUCAAUGGUGUCGAUUCUGUUCAACUAUUUGCAAAUCCUGCAGAAAACAGUGAAGACAGAAGUAACAUGAUGGUUUCUGAAGAGCAUGCCGGUUCAGGCCCAAGAACACGUUUGAGAACUAGAACAGUGCAAAGUAAGGUACCCAUGGUAGCCACACAUGUAGACAAGGUGUCUGGAAAGCAGUGCCGGUCCUCAUUGAGAAAGGUGUCGACAAGAAAGAAGAUUACAAAAUCUACCAUUUAUAAGGAUGAUGAAGAUGAGGGUUCAUAUCAUUGUGACAUUGAAGGAUGUAUUAUGACUUUCCAAACAAAACAGGAACUUCUCGUGCAUAAGCGCAACGCCUGCACUGUAAAGGGAUGUGGCAAACGGUUUGGUUCACACAAAUACCUUUUACAACACCGGCGUGUCCAUUUAGAUGACAGACCCCUGAAGUGCACCUGGAAAGGUUGUGAAAUGACUUUUAAGUGGCCAUGGGCAAGAACUGAGCACAUUCGAGUUCACACUGGAGAACGACCUUAUGUUUGUUCUGUUGCAAGUUGUGGCAAGACUUUUCGAUUUGUUUCUGACUUCAGUCGACAUAAGAGAAAAACCGGUCAUAAGUAAUGGUGCCUUUUAGUACAUUCAGUACUUGGCUUUCUGAUACAGUGCAACAUCUAUCCUCAUUCUUCUUAGAUGCACAAUUUGGUGGGUCAUCAUGGUUGAAUCUUGGACUUUAAACAGUAGAUUAUUUAAGCAGCAUUCAUGCUUAAGAAAUUAAGGGAUUUCAUGAAGUGCUUACUCAGUCUUAUUGUUGCAAGUGUAUUUUUCAGAAAAUAUGACAGAUAAUUCAUGUUCCAUGAAAAAGAGAUUCUGUAUAGGAUUAUGCAAAAAACUACAUAGACAAGGUAUUCAUGUCUUGGAACUUUAAGAAGGUCCAGUCGACAAAGCCUUCCAUUUAUCUUGUACAUUAUAGAUGUGGAGAAAUUGAUCUUUUUGUAUUGAUAAUUGUCUUUGUAGAUAAUGUUCACAGUUAACAGCAUGGAGAAUUGCUCAGGCACGUGAUUCUCUAUAUUUUUUAGUGCUGUGCAUGCUGAAUCCGUUUCAUUCCCUGUUGUGUUUGGAUUCCCCAACCUCUCAAUUUUUUCUAUAAAAUCCAGGAGAAUUUGAAGUGAUGGGUAUAAUAAUCAAUACUCACUAGCCUCUGCCUAUUGCAGACUAGAAAUGGCUCAA